UUGAGCAGCAAGUGCAGAGCCGUAGUGUUGCUGCGGUGGCACAAACCCCACGUCGCUCUCUGGAUAGUUCUGUGCUCUACAGGCUACGUGAGUUUCUUCUCACCAUCACCACCUGGUCGUGGCUUCGUUUAAUGUCAAAAUCACAGCUCCGACCGAUGCAUGUUUUCUAGAGGUACCACAGGCUGUAUCGCUGUCCCGUAAGAAUAUGUGUAAUAAUGUAUCUUAUCUCGUUGUGGGAUUUCGCUGAAGACUCUUUCUAAUCAUUCUUAGUUAUAAGUUUUUUUGUCGUUGAAUGCGACUGUAAUCAUAGCCAAUGUUUAUAGCCGAAGACAGCAUUGUUUUAAGUAAGGGAUUUAACAACUACAACGUCAGUUCGUCAGCAUAGCAGAGCAGCAUUGUCAGACGCCUAACUUAUGGUUUUACCUUUUCUCGGAUAGGAUCGCCUGUAGCCCAUGCUAUAAAAAGAAGCUUAUGGUGCGUAGCGAAAUAAAUGUAGCUUAUGCCAGAAAAAAAAUGGGUCCUGAACUGAAUUGUUUUUGAAAGCCUAGGUUUAGCCUACUGCAGAUUUCUUUGACUUCAGAGCGAGGAUGUGUAUGGGCUAUUUAAAAGAAUCAGACCAAAAGAUAGACUACAAGCCAGCCUGCUUGGUAACCUAACCUAAGCCAAUACUUUUCAAAAGGAAACUAAGUUGUAUGUACGUCGGCCGACAGUGAAGAGGAAAACUGCGAUAGUGCUCUCUCGCAACCCAAAUGAUGAAGCAUAUUUCAAGAAGUGCUCCAGAAAGUGGCUGAUCAAAAGCACAUCCCUGCAGCUGUGAACAACGGACAGACGGUUACAGUUGUAUUUUCACGUUAGGUGCCCUAAAUUUAGUCCAGCCAGUUUAACUUGUAACUCACUGAAUUCUCUGCGUUUUAUUUCGGGAUUGAAGCAGCAUGUUCGUGUGUAGGCUAUAGAGUCGGUGAGUUUCAUGCCGAGCAAGUUGACGGCAGACAGAGUUCAGUAGCCUAAUCAGAAUCCUCACAGCCACGAAACAGCGAGAGGGGAACUGUAGCUCAGAAGGCAGCUGCUAUGCGACUUGCCACUGCCACAAUUCUGACCUCAGAAUGACUGACCGAAGAGGUCGCUUUGAAUAUGAAAUAAGUGUUGACGCCGAAGCAUCGCAGAAUAAAACGCUUUCCAGAAAUUUUAAGGAGAUACGUCAAACUCGCCGAAACAAGCACCUGAACAGAAGAGUGAAUACAGAGGACAUUGCUCGCAGAGGAGACAGUGGCUCGUAUCGGACCGAACCCGGGAAAACCUGUAACUCUACAAAUGUGAUGCUUAUGCAUCACAGCGCUUCUGACUUAAGAUUUACCGAACGCCACUAUUUCUGCACCGACUGUGAAGUUCCUCUGAACAACCACAGCCAUAAGAAGAAAAUGAUUGUCGAUAACGCAAAAACAUUUUCAUCAAGAUAUUCAAACUACAAUGGAAAGAGAAAGUUGGCAUUUAGAUCAUGGAGUUGGUGGGCGUUGUGUCUUUCCAUACACGUGUUGAAAGCAGCAGCUCAAGGCAGGACCAUGUGGCCAGCCCGAUUGCGGGUGGGAGAGAGGUUGAGGCAGGGAGAGCUGCAAGUGUGCCAGUACACAUGGUGGGGAUGUGCAGCCAAAAGUGAUGUGGCUCCGUACUUCAAAACGGAGCCUGGACCCCCAGAGAUCCAUCUGGAGGGUAAUCGUCUGGUGCUGACGUGCUUGGCUGAAGGGAGCUGGCCGCUGGAGUUCAAAUGGAUGCUCAACAACACAGACAUCACCUCCUUCACACAUGCGUAUAAGUACACCAUCCCCUCCCUGCAGCGCUCAGACCGGGGCUUCUACCAGUGCGUGGUGAGGAACAGGAUGGGCGCGCUGCUCCAGAAGAGGGCUGAGAUGCAGGUGGCAUACAUGGGCAGCUUCACCGAGGCCGAUCAGAGGAAGACGGUGACCCAGGGCCGCGCCGCCGUGCUGAACUCCCCAGCGGUCAGCGGCUACCCGCGGCCUCAGGUGACGUGGUUCAGGGACGGCUACAAGAUCAUCCCCAGCAGCCGAGUAGCCAUAACCCUGGAGAAUCAGCUCGUGGUCCUAGCCACAGCCGCAGCCGAUACGGGGAGUUACUACGUCCAGGCCGUUAAUGAGAAAAACGGCGAAAACAAGACGAGCCCAUCCAUUUACCUGACAGUAGCAGUAAGCAAGAGGAACCGGGGGUCACAUGAUUCCGACGCUCCGGCCGACCCGGUAGCACCAGUCAUUGUGGUUCCCCCUCGCAAUACGACGGUGGUGGCAGGGGUGAACGAGGCUACGCUGGAGUGUGUGGCUAAUGCACGCCCAGUGGACAAGCUGAGCAUCACCUGGAGACGUAACGGGGCGGAGGUGGCUAGUGGCGUGGGUUCUUUUGGCCGGCGGCUGACAAUAGUGAACCCCACCUCAGCUGAUGUCGGGCUUUAUGUGUGCGAGUCCUCCUUACUGGACAGCAGCGUGCGCCCAGCAGAGGCCCGUGCCUACCUCUCCAUCAUAGAGACGCCGUACUUCACAGCAGAGCCCAAGAGGAAGGUCAUCGGCGAGGUGGAGAGAACCGUCGAGAUCCAGUGCCAAGCCAGAGGGGUGCCAGCGCCCAAAAUUGAGUGGUAUAAGGAUGCAGUGCCUCUGAGUAAGCUCAACAACCCCCGCUACAAAAUCAUCUCCAGCAUGGGCCUGCAGGUCAGGAAGGUGCACCCCAGUGAUGCCGGCAUCUUCCAGUGCUUUGCCAGGAACUCAGCUGGAGAGAGUCAAGUGCAUACCUACCUGGAUGUCACAAGCAUGACUCCGGCAUUCCUCCGCCCGCCCUCCAAUGCAACCGUGACCGAUGGGGCCGUGGCCACCUUCGCGUGCCAAAUCUCCGGAGCGCCCAAGCCCGCCAUCACUUGGAAGCGAGACUCUCAGAUUCUGGCCAGUGGCUCGGUACAGAUCCCUCGUUUCACACUGCUCGAGUCGGGAGGCAUUCAGAUCAACCCAGUGAUGCUGCAGGACACCGGCCACUACACCUGCUACGCCGCCAAUACUGAAGGAGCCAUCAACGCCUCGGCCAGCCUCACCGUCUGGAGUCGCACGUCCAUCUCGCUGCCACCUACGGACCGCCGCGUCAUAAAGGGAACGACGGCCAUCUUGGAAUGUGGUGCCACCCACGAUCCCCGUGUGGCUGUGAGCUUUGUGUGGAAGAAAGAUGGUGAGCUGGUAAGUCAGUCCAGAGGGGGGCGUAUCAGCCUGCAGGAUGGCUCUCUGCUCAUCACACAGACGUGGUCCGGCGACAUUGGUGACUACACCUGCGACGUGCUCUCCCUGGCCGGGAACGACUCCAAGUCUGCCCGUCUGGAGGUCAUUGAGCUGCCCCACUCCCCACGGAACCUGCAGGCCAGCCUCAACAUCAGCAACAGCCGCAGCGUGGACCUGACCUGGAUGAGGCCAUUUGACGGCAACAGCCCCCUGCUGCACUACGUGGUGGAGCUGUCGGAGAACAACUCCCCAUGGAAGGUGUACCUGCCAGAGGUGGACCCAUCCCUAACUGGCGCGGUGGUCAAAGGGCUCACGCCCGCCAGGACCUACCAAUUCAGGGUGUGUGCCGUCAAUCAAGUGGGCAAGGGACAGUACAGCACCGAGACCAACAGACUGAUGCUGCCUGAGGAGCCUCCCAGCGCGCCCCCCAAGAACAUAGUGGCCAGCGGCCGCACCAACCAGUCAAUCAUGGUCCAGUGGCAGCCCCCUCCAGAGCCUCAGCUCAAUGGGGUACUGAGGGGCUACGUCCUGAGGUAUCGCCUGGCGGGGCUCCCCGGGGACUACCAGCACAAGAACAUCAGCAGCCCCGAGAUCAACUACUGCCUGGUCACCGAGCUCAUCAUCUGGACACAGUACGAGAUCCAGGUGGCGGCGUACACGGGUGCGGGCCUGGGAGUGUUCAGCCUGCCAGUGACAGAGUACACGCUGCAGGGAGUUCCGACAGCGCCCCCCCAGGGAGUGGAGGCCACUGCUGUCAACUCGACUACAAUCCGGUUUACCUGGAAUCCACCACCUCAACAGUUCAUCAAUGGCAUCAAUCAAGGCUAUAAGCUCAUGGCCUGGCCUGAACAUUCCCCUGAGGCCAUGACUGUAGCAACCAUCACCCCAGACUACCACGGCACCCGGCACAUUGGCUACAUCAACGGGCUGAAGAAGUUCACUUGGUAUCUGACAUCGGUGUUGUGCUUCACAACCCCAGGCAACGGGCCCAGGAGCGUUCCUAGACUUGUCCAGACUCAUGAGGACACACCGGGCCCUGUUGGUCACCUGAGCUUUACAGAGAUUCUGGACACUUCCCUGAGAGUAAGCUGGGAGGAGCCCACAGAAAAGAAUGGCAUCAUCUCAGGGUACCUCAUAUCAUGGGAGGUGGCCGGGAGGAACUGGACGCGGGUGACGCAGACCAUGUCCAACACUACACUGGAGUACAAGGUGACGGGUCUGACCUCACUCACCACCUACACCUUGGAGGUGGCGGCCAAUACAGAGGCUGGAGUCGGAACGGUCACCUCCUCCACUAUCUCCUCAGGGGUGCCCCCAGAGCUCCCUGGACCCCCGUCAAAUUUGGUUAUCUCGAAAAUAAGCCCCCGCUCUGCAACACUGAAGUUCCGUGCUGGAGAUGAUGGGAAAACAUCCAUCUCUAAGUGGGUUGUGGAAGGCCAGGUGGGGAACAUUGGCGAGGAUGAGGAAUGGAAAGUGAUGUAUGAGAAGGACAACGAUCCGGAAGCUCAAGUCCUGGAGGUCCCCGGCCUCACCCCUUUCACCUACUACAGGUUCCGGAUGCGUCAGGUCAACGUGGUGGGGGCCAGCCCAGAGAGUGUGCCUUCUCGUGUUAUCCAGACUCUGCAGGCUCCCCCUGAUGUCGCCCCUGGCAGCAUGACCGUGCGCACCGCCAGUGAGACCAGCCUGUGGCUGCGCUGGAUGCCGCUGCCGGAGUCGGAGUACAAUGGGAACCCGGAGACGGUGGGCUACCGCGUGCGUCUGUGGCGGGCGGAUCUGGAGGGCGAGGCACGGACGCAGGUGGUGAACGACCGGUUGGAGAGGGAGCUGACCCUUGAGGGCCUGGAGGAGUGGACCGAGUAUGCCCUUCAGAUCCAGGCCUUCAACUCCAUCGGCCCUGGGCCCUGGAGCAAGGUCAUCAGGGGCCGCACCAGAGAGUCAGUGCCAUCUGGAGCACCAGAGAACGUGACAGUCGAGGCGGUGAGCUCCACUCGUAUCCUGGUUACCUGGAGUCCAGUUCCGGAGCAGGAGCAGAACGGGAAUAUUCUGGGAUACAAGGUGCUCUACAAAGAGAAGGACUCUGACUCAGAGGCCCAGGUGCAGGCGGUGAAGGGGAACCUCACCCAGUCGGUUCUGUUGAGGAACCUGCGCAAGUACGUGCAGUACCAGAUCCAGGUGCUGGCCUUCACGCGCAUCGGAGACGGCGAGCUCAGCAGUCCGCCGGUGCUGGAGAGGACCAAAGACGACGUUCCAGGGCCUCCCAUAAGGCUGGUCUUCCCAGAGGUGCGGCUAACUGAGGUCAGAGUCAUCUGGCAGCCCCCAGUGGACCCCAACGGCAUCAUUAUGGGAUACCAGGUAGCUUAUCGGUUGGACACCGGAGACCCGAACCAGUUCACUACAGUGGAGGUGGGUCCCGACGCCCGCCAGUUCACAGCCUUGGGUCUGCGCCCAGAGUCGGCCUACAUCUUCCGGAUCAGCGCCAAAACGGAGCAGGGCUGGGGUACUGCAGCACAAGCUGUGGUCAUCACCACCGAAGUUAGAGAGCGGCCGCAGCCCCCGGUCAAGCUGAGUGUUCCGCAGGCCCAGGUGCAGUCUCGACAGCUGCAGCUGGACUGGGUGCCCGGCGGCGACGGCUCGUCUCCAGUGCGCUACUUCACCCUGCAGAUGCGGGAGCUGCCCGACGGGGACUGGCUCACCCACUCCUCCGCCAUCGGCCAUAACUGCACCUCCUUGGACGUGAACCGACUCAAACCCUACACCUCUUACAAGCUGAGGAUGAUGGCAACUAACGACAUUGGAGACAGCAAGUACAGCAAAGAUACGGAUGCAGUCACCACCUUACAAGACAUUCCCGACGAAGCCCCUGAAAUUCUGGCAGUGAAGCCAUCCACCACCACAUCAGUGCUGGUCCAGUGGCAGGCACCCAAAGAUGAGAGUGUGAACGGCGUGCUGGUGGGCUACCGACUGUACUACCGAGAGCUCCAGUAUGACAGCUCUCUGCAGGAGUCAAGGAAGCCUGUCAACGGCUCAUCAGCGCUCUCCGAACUGGCAGUGAAAAGCACAGUGAAGACCGUGAGCAAUCCUUCACUAACCGAAUUUGAGCUAACACAGCUCCAGAAAUACAGACGCUAUGAAAUAGUGAUGACAGCUUACAAUAUAAUCGGCGAGAGUCCGCCGAGUGCUCCCUUUGAGGUGUUUGUCGGCGAGGCAGCUCCCUCCGUGGCCCCCCAGAACAUCCGGGUCAAUCCCCUCUCCUCGUCCCAGCUGGAGGUACUGUGGGAGCCACCACCUGUGGAAACCCAAAACGGCAUUAUCCAGGGCUACAAGAUCCAUUACUGGGAGAUGGACAAUCAAAACGAAACGGAGAAGGUUAAGAUCCUCUUCCUGCCGGAGACUACGGUCAAGCUGAAGAACUUGACCAGCUACACAUUCUACCAGGUGAAGCUCUCUGCCUUCAACGCAGCUGGUGACGGCCCACUGAGCGAGCCCAGAAGAGGACGUACACUCCAAGCAGCGCCCAGCGCUCCAAGCUUCGUCUCCUUCUCGGAGGUGACGAGCAGCACACUGAACGUCUCCUGGGGCUUCCCUCUGUCUCCCAACGGCGUGGUGGAGGGCUACAGGGUGCUCUACGAGCCCACCGCCCCCAUCCACGGUGUCAGCAAGGUGGUGACGGUGGACAUCAGGGGCAGCUGGCAGCGCUGGCUGAAGGUGCGGGACCUCACCAACGGGGUGACCUAUUGCUUCCGCGUGCAGGCCAAGACCAUCAGCUACGGGCCGGAGGCCGAGGCCAACAUCACGGCCGGCCCUGUGGAAGGAUCACCAGGGUCUCCAGUGGACAUGUCCAUCACCAAGUCCACCUCUGCCCUCACUCUCCACUGGACGCCAGGAGACUCGGGCUCUGGGCAGCUCACUGGCUAUGUGAUCGAGGCUCGGCCUUCAGAUGAAGGCUUGUGGGACACAUUUGUGAGGCACCUGCCCCCCAGCAGCACAUCGCAUGUCAUCAGUCUGGAUCGCCUGCGCCAGGGGGUCAGCUACCAGUUCCGGGUGCUCGCCAUCAACCAAAUGGGCUACGGUGAGCCGAGUGCGCCAUCUGCUGCCAUGUCAGCCCAGCUGGAGACGCCGUUCUAUGAGGAGUGGUGGUUCCUGAUCAUCCUGGCCCUCAGCAGCCUGAUCCUGCUGCUGAUCGUGGUGUUUGGGCUGCUCUUCCACGGCCAGAGCAAGAGAUAUAAGAGCUGUGGCACAGCAGGCAAAGCCGUCUCGACAGUAGAGGAGUCUGUCACCCUAGACAACGGAGGCUUUACCGCACUGGAGCUUAACAGCCGACCUCUGCAUGUCAAGAGCACCUUCCUGCGCAAGAAUGGGACUAGAUCUCCUCCUCGGCCAAACCCUGCCGGGCUCCGCUACUCAGACGAGGACAUCUGCAACAACUACAACGGCGGCGUGUCCACUGAGAGCACAGCCCUCACAGAGAGGCCUACCGAGGUCUCUGAGUCAGAGGCCUCGGAGAGUGAGUGUGAGGAGGACCAGGUCAAGCACUCGUUUGUGAACCAUUACAUGAGUGACCCGUCCUAUUUCAACUCGUGGAAGCGGCAGCAGAAGGGCCUGAAGCAGACGCUUGCCUGCGCCUACGAGGAGUGUGCCAGCGGCGACACGGACUCCUACUACCAGACUGUGGUCACCCAGCACAGUGUGGGGGGCGUGUACACCCCCGCCGGACAGCCCGCCGCAGGCUCGCGAACUCCCGUCACGGGCUUCUCGUCCUUUGUGUGACAGCCAUGGGGCAGGGGGGCUCACUGGACUUUAAAAAUGGGAAAAAAUGAGGUGGGUCUGGUCCCUCUAACUUUUGGCUCAAGGUCUGAUAGCUGGUGGGAUUGCGCAGUACAAAGAAGAAAGGAAGGAUGGAAGGAAGUAAGGACCAAAUGCCACGAGCGGAGAGAAACUCAGACAUUUGACAUUUCACUUCGAGCACUAUAUAAGAUAUUUAUGACCGGUCAUUUGUUUUUUGUUUUUUAAUGUACUUUUCAUGCUGAUCAGUGAUCGUGUCAGUUUAAAAAGAAGAGAAAAAUAAUUAAUUAAGAAAAACUUGUUCACAGGAAAAGAAAACUUGUCUUCAAAAGCACCUGAGAUAUUCACUACAUUUGGAAGUGUAUGAUCAUGUUUUAUGUUUUAUUUUGUCUGUGUGUGUGUGUGUGUGUGUGUGUGUGUAAGUGUGUGUGUGUGUGUGUAAGAGAAUGGAGUCAUGAUUUGUGCACGCAAGUCUGUGUGUGCAACCCUGACUUAAAAUCUAUGUUUUAAGAUGGGUGUUAAAAGCAGGGUAUCAUAAUGGUAUGACAGGUCAAUACAGUAAAGAGUAAUGCAUCUAUAGAAGAACAUUCUCUCUUGCUUGUCUCAAAUAAAUCAUUCCAAGACCAUUCCUUUCAUGGAAUAACACCACACCACAAAUGACUGCUGAAUUAUGUAUGUCAAACAUCAUACUAUACACAAUGUCUAAGCAGACUGUCACCUUUGGUCAGUGUAAAGUUCUUUAGGACUUUAUUUGAAUAUGAAGAGCUGAGUAGUCCUGUCUCUGCUGUGUGUGCUUGUUCACCGCUUCACAAAGUCACCAGAGCCAGUAUCCAAAGAAAAGCUUCCCUUUCAAGUGGCGUGCAAGAGGUUAGGUGGAGUUGUCCUCACACAGCAGCGUUUUCACACUUGCUUAGAUUCCUCCUUCCUGCAUCACAACUUCACAUUUGACUUCAAUUACAACAGAAAACUUUUGAGAUGUUUCUUUUGUUUUGUUUCUCUCUCAAAAGUAUGAAUGUAGUCAAAUCCCAGUCAGUGUUGAUGGGAGGAAGGACAUCUAUUGCCUUUGCCCUCAUUAUCUGCACAUCUAAGCCGAACGAGCAUCACUUUAAGAGGAAAAGACAUACAUUUAGCAUGAUUUGCUUAUUUGAACUGACAGGCAUUGUUUUGUUCCCCCACCUAGCUGUGUUAUGUUUUGUGCUCAGACUGUGAGAUUUCAAAAAAUAUUUGCUCUGGAUUUUGAAGUGUUUUUUGAAAAGUGCUGUAGAUUCACCGUCAUGUUCUGUUGGAUUUGGGUUCUGCAGCUUUUCCCUCAAUGCCAAACACUGUACAGAAAACUAUUCUUCUAUCGCUCAUCAAUCGCAUCAUCUCUGUUUCACCAUGAGUGUAUGUUACUGAAUUUUCAUACAGUAAAAUUAUUUCCCACCUUUUGAGAGGAAUUAAAUGUUUGCUGUUCA